AUGGCUGUCUCCUCCCUUCUUGCCGAUAAGGGCAAGGAAGUCAUGUGCCCUCUCUGCAUGGAGUAUCUGACAGACCCGGUGUCUGUGGACUGCGGCCAUAACUUCUGCUUGGACUGCAUCACUGAUUUUUGUGAGAAAUGGGAAGUGUGCGGGCUUUUGAAGUGUCCCGUCUGCAGAACCCACAUCCAGAAAGAGAAUUUCCAGCCCAACUGGCAGCUGGCGAACAUAGUCUCACAACUGAAAUUCCUUGCCUUGAAAGAGAAGCUGUGCCAAAAACAUCAGGAAAAGCUCCGGCUGUUCUGCCGAGAAGAUGAACAAUUAGUGUGUCAGGUGUGUGAGCAUUCUCCGGAACACAAACAGCAUUCUGUGGUGCUCUUGGAAGAGGCUGCCCAGGACUACAAGGACAAAAUCAAGGCCCAGCUGAAGUCUCUGGAGAAAGAGAGAGAAAUUCUUGUGCCUCAGAAACUGUCUGAAGAGAUAGCAAGUCAAAAGACGUUGGCACAGAUAGAAGCCGAGAAAGGAAAGGUCAGGUCUGCUUUUGAACAUAUGCACAACUUCCUGGAAGAAAUUGAGGGCUUCUGGUUGGCCCAACUGGGAGAUCUAGAGAAAGAGAUCAAGAAGAAGCUGAAAGAUAACAUCACUAGGAUUUCCCAGGAGAUUACCCGUAUGAGUUACCUGAUCAGAGAAAUGGAAGAACAGUGCCAGCAACCGGAUAGUGAAUUCCUGCAGAAUAUCAAAAGUACCAUGAGCAGGUAUGCAAAGAAACCCGUGGAUCCUGUGGCAAGCCAUAUUCCUGGAUUGGAAGACAGACUGCAAAGUUGCUAUCAGAAAAAUUGUGUUCUGGAAGACACUAUGGGAAAAUUUGCAGUGUGGCAACCCGACCGGCGCCUGGCAGCUCCACCUGUGCCAGGGGGCUGCUUGCUGGCUGAACUGUUCGCCACGGCCACAGGCCAGCCCCCGCCACCCCCCAAGGAAGGCUGGAAAGGGCAGGAGCCAGCUUACUGCCACGGUGCCUGCCCGAGCGGCCUGCCACUGAGCCCCGCCCCCGGUCUCCCUGCAGAAUCUGUUUACAAAGGUAAUUCUGAGGAAAUGAAUGAGAAUGGACAUCUUACUGAUAUGAAAAAAGGGACAGGGGGACAGGGGGAAAGUCUGGAAUACUUGAAGGUGAUUCUGGACCCAAGCACAGCUCAUCCCUCCCUCCUUCUGUCCGACGAUCUCAAGAGUGUGAGAUGGGAAGACAAAUACCAGUAUCUGCCCGACAGCCCUGCGAGAUUUGAGUCUGUGCCGUGUGUACUGGGCUGUGAGAAGUUCUCUUCAGGAAAACAUUGGUGGGAGGUAGGCAUGGAGGAGGAAGAGGAGAGCGCCACUUGGGCCCUGGGGGUCGCCAAAGAAUCUGUGGCUCGGAAGAAAGAGAUCUGUGUUGGCGUGGAUGAUGGGAUCUUUGCUGUGGGGAAAACAUCUGUGCUCUUACCUUGUCAGCUCAGUGCCUUUACUUUUCCCAAGACAACCCCUUUGAUCUUGAGGCAUCCACUCAGGAAGAUCCGAGUGUCUCUGGAUUACGAAGAGGGCCAGGUGGAAUUUUAUAACGCAGAAACAAACGACUGGAUUUUCACUUUUUAUUCGGCCUCGUUUUCUGGGGAGAGGAUUUGCCCCUAUUUCUGGUUGGGGAGAGGAGUCAGACUGAAGUGCUGA